GAUAACCAAUCCUAAAAUAUAGAGGCAUGAAUCUUAUGUUCUUUAAAAUAUAGCAAUAUUAAACACUUCUAAGAUUAUUUAUUUUUUAUUUUUCAUUUCUAUAGCUGCAAUAUUGUAUCAAAAUUUUUAAAAUGAUAGGUUUAUCGUCAUUAAUGAAGCGGGUUAUGUUGUUUCCGUGUAAUCGAUCCUUUAUUAAAUUUCAAACUAAUAUAUUGAGCAAUCAAUCGGUCGUUGCAAAAACAUGCAUUAAAUGUAAUAGUAGUUACUUAACAUCAAUUUCAAAAUUUAUAAAAUACCAAUCAUGUAGUUUUCAACAAAUAAGAUGCGAAAGUUUUUUUAAAAAACAUACUGCUGAGCAUAUUUGGAAAAGUGUAACAAGUGUAAGUAAUGCUGGUAAAAAAAGGGGUCGUGGAAAAGGUGCUGGUAAAAAAAGGUCAAAAAAUCUUAAUAAAGGACAAAUUAUUGGUGUUGGUGUUGAAAAUAUUAUUUGGCCAGGUCUUAAUGCUCCAAUAAUAAAAGGCCGUGAUUUAUUGAAAAGAACACAAUUACCCCCAGAUCCUGAAAGAGAAGCUCGUCUCAUUAAGCUUAGAGAUGCUAUGGGUACAUUUAAACCAUUACGACUUCUACCGACAGAACGGGGUUGGUCUGGUAAUAAAAUGCCUGGACGUAGCAUUGGACCUCCUGAUUCAAUAAAUGAAUAUAACUUUGAUGGUUUUGAUACUAAAGUUUUAGAAUUUAAAACAGUUUUUUGUAUGAAGGCAAAUUCCGGACGUCAUAGAAGGAUGAGUGCUGUUGUAGUUACUGGUAAUAAAAAUGGUCUAGCAGGUUUUGCAAUGGGUAAAGCAGCUGAUGGAAAAGCUGCAUUAAAACGUGCUAAAAAUAGAGCUGGACAAAAACUUAUAUACAUUGAACGUUACAAUAACCAUACAGUGUAUCACGAUUUUUAUACUCAAUUUUGUAAUACUAAGAUUUUUGUUGAAAAAAGACCUGAAGGUUAUGGUUUAAUUUGUCAUAGAGCCAUUAAAACUAUCUGUGAAAUAAUUGGAAUUAAAGAUUUAUAUGCCAAAGUAGAAGGUUCAACAAAUUUGCAAAAUAUAGUCAAAGCCUUUUUUUUAGGACUUCUUAGACAAAAAACUCAUCAACAACUAGCUGAUGAAACAAAAUAUCAUCUUGUUGAAUUUAGAGAAGAAAAUGAUUAUUUACCUGUAGUAGUAGCAUCUCCUAGAGGUGAAGUAAAAGAAGACUCAAAAGAGGCACCCGAUUUUUUGCAAUAUGUUAUGGACAAUAAAGUAAAAUUAAGAAAAAAACAAUUUCCACCAUUCUACACCAAAAAAACUCAUUGGUACAUAAAACAAAAAAAAAUGGAAUCAAUUAGAAAUAUGGACAAAGUAAAAAUCAACUUGUUGGCAGAGUAUAAUGAAAUCAGAAGCUUUUUAACAGAUAAAUAUCCAGAAUGUACACCUCCACUAAAGGGUUCAUUUGAAAAGAAAUCUGAAGAAUUUGAAAACUAGAAUAGUUUAUACAUAAUUAAAUAUUGUUAGAAAUAAAUUGAGAUGUAUUUUGUUAUAUA